AUGCGUUUGUUGUAUACUCCUCCACGAACUGGUGGUGGUCGUGGGAUGGUAUUUCCAUUCUCUAAUGUUUCCUCGAAGAUUCUGGCGCGAAAGAAAACCGUUAAACAGAAGCAGAGUUUGCGGGAGUGGUCUUUUGAUGAGACGAUUAAGUUUUGGACGAAGAAGAUAACAAAUUACGGUAGAGCCGGAGAACUACAGAAAUCAAUGAAAGUGUUCAGAGAGAUGCCUCACAGGAAUCAAGUUUCAUGGAAUUCGAUGUUGACAGUUCUCCUGAAAGCCAACCGGCUAGAAGGAGCCCGACGCUUGUUUGAUGAAAUGCCUCAGAGAAAUUCAGUGUCUUACACAUUGAUGUUGGCAGCCUUGUCGAGCUCAGGUUUUGUUUCUGAAGCUCGUGAGUUGUUCGAUUCUAUGCCGAUUUCUCAACAAAAUGUUUUCUCAUGGACAGCAAUGAUUUCUUGUUACUUCCAGAAUCGUCAUCCUUUGUGUGCUUUAGAGCUUUUCUCAAGUCUUUAUGAUGAUUUCUUCUUCCUUAAGAUAAUACCCAAUUCGUACACCUUUACUGUUCUUGUGAAAUCCUGUUUGGACUUGGAAGCACUCACAACAGCAACGCAGAUCCAAGCUCUCAUUGUAAAACUGUUAGAUGACAAUAAAGAAUCUGUUUUUGUUCAGAAUUCCUUGAUUGAUUUGUACUCCAAGCUAGGAAUCUUAGCUGAUGCUGAGAAGAUUUUCUGGUUGUUAAAGUGGAAACAUUUAAGUUCAUGGAACAUUAUGAUGGCAGCUUAUGCCCAUCACCUCCUGAUCGAUAAAGCUUUUGGAAUUUUCAGUUCUAUGGGAGAAAAAGAUACUCUUUCGUGGAACAUUAUGAUAUCAGGGUUUUCAGAAAUUGGUUGUUCUGCCAAAGCUUUAGAAUUAUUUCUUCAAUUAACGAGGUCACAGCAGCCACAAACAGAGCCUAAUUCCUCUACGUACACAAUCAUUCUGACUGUUUGCACUACCUACUGCAUGCUUGAAAUGGGAAGACAGGUACAUACUUGCACCAUUAAACGUGGUCUCCAUGGGAGUAAUGCCUAUGCAGGCAAUGCACUGAUCAAUAUGUAUGCUAGAUGUGGAAUGGUCAAAGAAUCAGAACAAGUUUUUGGUGAGAUGCCUAAUAGAGACGUCAUUUCUUGGAAUUCAAUGAUACUAGGACUUGGGCAGAAUGGGUAUUGCAGAAAAGCUCUGGAGGUAGGAGAAAAGGCACUAGAAUGCCACGUCUAUAACCAAAGUACCUUCAUUGGAUUGCUACAAAGUUGUAGCUAUGGGGGAUUAGUUGAUGAAGGGUUGAAAUACUUCACUUCCAUGAGUACAAAAUACUGCAUUGAACCAACCUUGGAUCACUAUAUAUGUGCUAUUGAUAUGCUUGCAAGAGCUGGUAAAAUAGUUGAGGCACAUAGCCUAUUGCUUGAGAUGCCAUUUGCUGCAAAUGCCAUUACUUGGGAAGCUCUUCUUAGUGGAUGUAUGCUUCAUGGGAAUGAGGAGGUAGGUGAAAUAGCUGCUUACCAGCUUCGGAGUUUGGAGCCCUGUAAUGUUGCCAGCUAUGUGAUGCUAGCGAAUAUAUAUAGACAAACAGGAAGGCUUGAGGAAUCAAAUUGGCUUUUCAGUUUGAUGAAUGAAAUUGGUUUGAAGAAGGAAUUGGGUUGCAGUUGGGUUGUUUAA